ACAACUUUUUUGUGCUCCUUAUUUUUUGCUGCUAAUUUUUUGUUAACUUCAAAAUGUCGACUAAUCAAGUAGCCACUGCAGUCAAUAAGGCACUCAAGCGCGUUAUAAUCAGGAAGAAAGUCGUUUCUGCUGCCAGUACAUCAGCAAAUGCAAAUGGAUCCAAGCCUGUGGUCGCGGAUAACGACGAAAUUGAGGAAAUUGCAGCAACUGGAGCCGCUGCCAAGCGAGAAAAGCGAGAUUACUUCAAAUGGCCAAUUAAGGAUGAAGACGUUUUGAUAUCGUGGUUGGAAGACAACUAUCACCGUCUUCGGAAUGACAACAAAAGUGCGAGCAAAGUUGGAAAAGCCAACCUGGCCGUCGAAAUUCAACGUUACCUGCAAGAAAAUGGCAUCCAAACAGAAAGGACCGAAAAGAAAAUUCUGGAUAAAAUUGGCCACAUCGAGAAAUCUUACCGCAAGACCAGUGACUGGCUGGGAAAAACGGGGACCGGUGUUGAAGCGGAAAGUGGAAUGACCCGUAUGGAAAAGCUCAACAAUAGCACCAUAAGAGCUGUGAUCAACAAAAAAUGCCGCCAUUUCGACCGUCUUGACAAGAUUAUGGGAGACCGUCCGAACUUUAAUCCGCUUCAUUUGUGCGACUCGGCAGACGGAAGGGCUGGAGCACUUGGCAAUUUGCUGAAGAACGUGGACACAGUGGAUCUGGAUACGGUAGACGACACCACCGGUGAUGCGCUGGAAGCGGGCGGCACGGUGGGCAAAGAGCAACCAGCACUGGAAGCUGUAGAGCGUUCAGCGGAAACACUCACGGACGGCGCACCGGACAGCGCUUCGACGUCGGGCAGUAAACGCAAGCUACCCAAACCGGCUACAAAGUACACACAGAACGACCUGCAGAGCAUGGACCGCUUGGACCGGUAUCGUGCGGGACUGGCGAUAGACAGCGACGAGGAGGAAAAUCUCGGCAAGCAGAAGAAAGGCAACAAUAAAAAGAAAGAAAAGCCACCAACAAUGCCGGAAAUUCUUCAAAACAUUUACCACAACAAAGAAAAAACCGACGCGGUUAAGCUGGAGUUACGCAAGCAGGAAAUAAAAGAUCGUCGUGAAGAGAGAAAGGAAGAAAUGGAAGCUCGUCGCGAAGAGAGAAAGGAAGAAAUGGAAAUGCGUAAAGAAGAGCGAAAAAGGAUUUUGAGCUGCGCAUGA